UGACUUUCGGCCCACUGAAACAUCGCAAUUCAUCUAACGUCUCUCCUUAGCACGAGAGAAAUAAUUGCUGGACCAGUACCGCGACCAUACUCUCGAAGGGAGAAGAGUAUCGAAAUGCCAACCUCCCAGAAGACACGACAGGUUUCGACGAACGACCCAGUAACAGGACGAACCCCCUCUUCUCCCCUCAAGCCAUCGACGCCCUCAAACGCGAGGCCGCCAGUCGACAGCAAGCAUCGUGCCUCCGCAUUCACCGCACUCUCAGCGCGCCACUGGCAGUGCGUCCACCUCGCCCGACGCAAGCACAACACAUCAAAUCAAACAUCCGCCAUCUCGAUAUCCACCUUCGGCGCAAACGCGAACCUCAUACCGCACCUCGGCCUCCCCGCGCGAUCAUUCAGGAACCACAUCCACACCCUAGUCACGGAAUUAGAUUCCGUGACUCUGGCACACUCGCCGCUAUGCGAGUUCGCGAACGUCGUCAACGGCCACAUCCGACACGUCUCUACGCACGAUACAUUCAACCUAGGACGCUGUAUCGUGGCGCAACCUGACAAAUCAAAAAUGAAGCUUGACUUCAAUGCCACACCUGGGUUGUUCAUUACGAGCGGGUGGUAUCAUUUUACGUUGUACGAUGGUGCGGCGCUUGGUGUGCCGACUACGUUUGUCUCUCCUGUGUCUCCGGGGCCACCUUUUGAUGUGAUGGUGUUUUUCGUCGAGUCGAGUCGAGGGGUGGAGAUGGGAGUGUUGGUGCCGUGA